AUGCAACAGCCUCUCGAGCACGGCGGCGACGACGACGUCGAAUGGCUGGGCGACGCCGACUCGUCCUACGGCGAUGACAGCGACCGCGAGUCGCAGACUACCACGCUCAAGUCGUCCGUCCGAGACUACAUCUACCAGAACGGCCGUCGCUAUCAUGCGUUCCGGCAGGGCGCGUACUGGGGCCCGAACGACGAGCAAGCCUGCGACAACCUCGAUCUCUUCCACCAUCUCUUCGGCCUCACUCUCGGCGGUGGCCUCUUCCUCGCUCCCAUCACCGACAACCCUUCUCGCGUGCUGGACCUGGGCACCGGGACCGGCCUCUGGGCGAUUGAUUUCGCAGACGCAUAUCCCUCGGCCUCGGUGAUUGCGACCGAUCUGUCCCCGAUCCAGCCGACCCUGGUCCCGCCAAACCUGGAAUUCCAGGUCGACGACUUCUGCACCGAGUGGACCUUUACAAAGGAGAGUUUUGAUUUCAUCCAUGCGCGAUCCAUCUACGGCUGCGUCGCCGACUAUCCCGCUCUUUAUAACCAGGUCAUCCAACACCUUAAACCAGGGGGGUGGUACGAGCAGGCCGAGAUUAGCGUCGUCUCCCGCUCCGAAGAUGGCUCGAUCGCUGGCACCAGUAUAGAACGCUGGGGACCGUUGGCCCUGGAAUGCGGAGUCAAGUUUGGCAAAUCCUUCAGUAUCGCCGAGGACGCGGAGCGGCUCCUCCGCCAGGCUGGCUUCGAGAACGUCACCUACCGGACGUUCAAGUGGCCCGUGGGACCGUGGCCACGAGACCGCCGAAUGAAAGAAAUUGGCGCUUAUAAUCGAAUUGGCUGGGAAGAAGGUCUGGAGGGGUGGGCGAUGUUUCUAUUCACAAAUUAUCUCGGGCCAUACAAACAGUGGACACCUGAGGAGACCAGGGCUCUGAUUGAUCAAAUCAGAUUGGACUUGCGUAACAAGUCAAUCCACGCCUACCAAAAUGUGACGAUAUGCUAUGGACAGAAACCGGUGCAAAAGUCGGCGUAG